UUACUUGUUUCGUACUCCUCGUGGCUAUAUCUGUAGCAAAAGUUUCCGCAGAUGCUGGGCGUUCGGCUUGCCGUAAUCCUGUGGAAAUCGGUCAAACUUACCAACAUCACUUCGAUCCGGCCAAGUAUUGGUAUUGUGAAACAUUGGGGGUGGCUGCAAUUGAGAAGGAUUGCCCUAAUGGCAUGGCCUAUAUGCACCUGCUAAAAGAAUGCAUCCCAUGGGCCAGCUGGCAGUGGAAAAAGCUGCAAAAUCCACCAACUUUAGCGUAA